AUGACGACUCCGGAGACUUUCGAUGUUAUUAUCAUCGGAGCCGGUAUCUCUGGCAUCAACGCAGCUUACCGUGUUCAGACGUAUCUAUCAGGUCAAUCCUAUAUUGUGCUUGAGGCGCGAAAUUCUUGUGGUGGGACAUGGGAUCUCUUCCAGUAUCCCGGUGUCCGGCUUGACUCAGACAUUCACACAUUCGGAUUUCCGUGGCACCCGUACCAAGGCAAAGACACAAUGGUUCCCGGCAAGGAUCUACUACAAUACCUGAAGGAUACAGUGCAUCAAUUUCGUAUAGCCGAACAUAUUCGCUACAACCACCGAGUGACAGAGGCGGCUUGGUCAUCUUAUCACAAUGCUUGGGAGAUCCGCGGCCGGCGCCCCGAUCACACCGUUUAUUGCUUCUGCGCCAAGUUCGUACUUUUUGCGACAGGAUAUUUCGACCAUGACAAUCCAGGUCAGGCGCAAAUUCAGGGAAUCACUGAUUUUUGUGGCAAGAUAAUUCAUCCUCAGCUUUGGCCCGAAGCAUACAACUGCUGCGGGAAGAAGAUAGUGAUCAUAGGCAGUGGCGCUACUGCAGUCUCACUUCUCCCCAAGCUGGUGCCAGAGGCUGCGAGCGUGACACUGGUGCAGAGGAGUCCAAACUAUAUCGUCUCAAUUCCAACACUCAGCGACCCACAGCUGUUGGAUCGCAUUCUUCCGUAUUGGGCAUUGCAAAUGCUUAAACGAAUUGGAUGGCUCAUGGUGACAUUGCUAGCUUAUCAUCUUUGUCGGCUGUUCCCUGUUGCGGCGAAGAAUCAACUUCUAAGGCUUGUUGGCGAGCAACUUCCGGCUCGAAUACCUGUGAAUCCCCAUUUUCAACCAAGUUAUCCUGUUUGGGAUCAACGUCUACUGGCCUGUCCCAAUGGCGAUUUUUUCGAGGCUCUGCACGAUGCUCGAGUCAAGAUCGAAACCGGACAUAUCGCCACAUGCACUCAGAAAGGCCUCAAGCUGAAAAGCGGAGUUCAUAUUCAAGCGGACGUAAUUAUUACGGCGACAGGACUCAGAGUCCAGAUAGGUGGUCGUAUUGCCUUGAAAGUGGAUGGAAAAGACAUCAAUAUGGCCGAGAAGCGAAUAUGGAAUGGGAUGAUGCUACAAGACCUCCCAAAUGCAUUCUUUUCUCUUGGAUAUCUCACAACCGCAUCAUGGACAAUGGGAACGGACUUGACGGCCAUGGCUGCAUGCAGAAUGAUCCACCGACUAAGGUCAAAGCGACUGGUUAGUGCGACCCCACGAUGUGCUGUCAGCGACGCAGGGCCCCCGCGUCCACUUUGGAAUCUGGAAUCAACAUAUCUGCUUGCCAGUACGGGGAGAGUGCCCUUAGCAGGUAGUCGUGGAUUGUGGAAGCCUCGUCGAAACUACAUUGUUGACUAUUUCCACUCCCUCCUUGUACCCUUUGCGUCGGGUAUCGAGUGGAAGCCCGCACCGAAGUCAGAUGCAGGAGUUAGUCAAACCAGUCACAAUACGGCAAGAUAG